AUACUGAAAGCUGUAAAAGAAAAAAGAAGGAAACAAGAAAUCCCAAACGCUUAGGUUUUGACUGGAAACGCAAAUCGGAGUUAAAUUCUUGGAACCGGCUUCUUCGCCGGAUCCCAUUGGAAGCUCCACUCUGAAAUCUUGAAGCUGGUUCUCAAAAAAUAGGAAUAGAUCGAGUAUUGGUGGAGAAAUCGACAUUGAAAAACCUUAAAGGUGCAGCGAAAAUGUUGGAGACAGUGAGGCAGAGAAGAGAGAGACAGUGAAUGGAGGUUGCUGACGUUGGGAUCUGUAAAAGCGGUUUCUGGAACCGCGUUUAUAGGGGGUGGCGUUUGUAAAAAUUCGUUUUGUUUUUUUUUCUAUUUUUGAAUUCGUGCAUGCAAUCCAGUGGUACGAAGCAGGGCGUUGGCGCCGCCGGUCCCGGCCGGAAUGCCGCGGUGGCGCCGCAUGGCUGCUCGUCCUCCUCUGCUUCCGCUUCGCCGUCGUCAUCUUCUUCGGCGGUGUCGGCCCCUCAUCUAGGGUUUGAUGCAAUUCAACAACAUCAUCAGCAACAACAACAACAACAACAACAACAACAACAACUACAACAACGACAACAACAGCAACAGCUCGCAUUUAUACAGUCAUUACAACAGUUUAGAAAGCCUGAAGGAGAGGAAGCCCUCCUAGCGUAUCAAGCAGGCGGUAUCCAUGGAGUCAUGGGUAGCAGCAACUUUCCUUCAUCUUCUGGCUCCAUGCUCUUGCCUCAACAGUCUAGGAAGUUCAUUGAUUUGUCUCAACAGCGUGGAGCCUCUCAAACUCGUGAGGAGAGCCAGACUAAGGGUCAGGGCCCGGAACAGCACAUGCAGAAUCCAAUGCAUCAAGCUUAUGUUCAGUACACUUUGCAGGCUACCCAGCAGAAGCCAAUUUUUGGAAAUAUGCAGCCACAGCAACAAGUUAAUAUAGGUAUGGUUGGUCCACCAACUGAGAAAGAUCAGGAUAUGCGUACAGGCGAUAUGAAAAUGCAAGACCUCAUCGCUAUCCAGUCUCAGGCUUCUGCAUCCAAGAAGUCAGUUGAACAUGUGCAUGGUGAGAGGCAGGUGGGGCAGGAUCCACAGAAAACCUCUGAACAAAGGGGUGAGUUGAAGCCUCUCCCCCAAGGGCUAUCGGUUGGGCAGUUAAUGUCACCAAACAUGAUAAGGCCUGUUCAUGUACCACAAUCUCAACCGAGUAUUCAAACCAUUGCAAACAACCAAUUCACGAUGGCCCAAUUGCAAGCUAUGCAGGCAUGGGCUUUGGAAAACAAAAUUGAUCUGUCUCAGCCUACCAAUGCCCAUAUGAUAGCUCAACUCCUUCCGAUUUGGCAAUCUAGAAUGACUGGGCUUCAGAAGCCAAAUGAAAACAAUGCAGGUGCUCCAUCUUCACAGCAGCAAAUGUCAAAGCAACACAUCAUGUCUUCUCCACCAAUUAUUGCUGAGAGUUCUGCCAAUGGGAACUCAUCACGUGAUGUAUCUGGCCAACCUGGCUCUUUGAAGCCGAGGCAGAUGAUUCCAUCUGGUGCUUUAUUAAAUUCUGCAGCUGCUGUGAUGGGUAACGCUAAUAACAUCCAGAUGCAACAGCUUGGUGUUCACAACAGGCAGAACCAGCUGUCUAGACAGCAGAUUGCAUUUGGAAAUGGGCUGCCUCCAAUGCAUCCACCUCAGCAAUCUGUGAACAUGAGUCAGUGUUUGGAUAAUCCACCUCAUACAAAGAGUACCUCUACUAGCCCAGAAACUUUGCCGAUGCGGAACUUCAGGCAGUUGCCACAGUUGAACCGAUCCUCUCCACAAUCUGUAAUAUCCUCUAAUGACGGUGGAUUGGUAACCCACUUCCCACCUCAGGAUGGUGCUCCCCAGAUACCACAACAGCGUCUUGGGUUUACCAAACAACAACUGCAUGUCCUUAAAGCACAAAUACUAGCAUUCAGGCGUCUGAAGCGUGGGGAAGGCAGUCUUCCGCAGGAAGUUCUUCACUCUAUAGCUCCUCCACCCCUUGAAUCACAGCUGCAGCAGGUAUUUGUUUCCCCCCAAGGGACAACUAACCAUGACAGAUCUCCUGCGAUGAGUAGUGACGAACAUGCAAGACAUUUGCAGUCCAAUAACAAGGCUGCACAGGCUGCACCUUUAAGCAGAGGUCAGUCUCUGCCAAAAGAGGAAUCCAAAGAAGAAACCGGUACUGGAGAAGAGAAAGCAAUUACAUCAGCAGGUCACGUUCAAGGAGUGACAGCUGUUACGAAGGAGCCUAGGCAGAGGGGAUCUGCUGGAAAGGAAGAGUUGCAAGGUACAUCAUUAGCUUUUAAACCAGAUCAGGAAAUUGAGCGGGGUCAUUUGAAUAUAGCUGCUAAAAGUGAUCACACGGCAGAUGACAGAAAGGCUGUUCCGCCUCAGGUUGCUUUAUCAGAUGCAGGCCAAAUUAAGAAACCAGUUCAAGCAAGCAUGGGACCUCAGCCAAAAGAUGUUGGCCCUGAAAGCAAGUACCAUGGGCCGCUUUUUGAUUUUCCUUUCUUUACUAGGAAACAUGACUCCCUUGGCUCAGCAAUCAGUGUUAACGUGAAUAGUUUAACUCUGGCAUAUGAUGUGAAGGAUCUGCUUUUUGAGGAAGGCUUAGAGGUGAUUGACAAGAAAAGGACAGAGAAUCUCGAUAAGAUUGGUAGUUUAUUAGCUGUGAACCUAGAGAGGAAGAGGAUCCAGCCCGAUCUUGUUUUGAUGCUGCAAAUUGAGGAAAGGAAACUUAGACUUUUAGAUCUUCAAGCACGGGUGAGAGAUGAGGUUGACCAACAACAGCAGGAGAUAAUGGCAAUGCCUGACAGGCCAUAUCGGAAGUUUGUUCGACUAUGUGAACGUCAGCGCAUGGAGCUUGCUAGGCAAGUGCAGCUUUCUCAGAAGAUGAUGAGAGAGAAGCAACUAAAAUCCAUUUUUCAAUGGCGUAAAAAGUUUCUUGAGGUUCAUUGGGCCAUCCGUGAUGCAAGAACUGCACGCAACAGGGGAGUUGCCAAAUAUCACGAGAGAAUGCUCAGGGAAUUUUCGAAGAGAAAGGAUGAUGAUCGAAAUAAAAGGAUGGAGGCAUUGAAGAAUAAUGAUGUUGACAGGUAUCGUGAAAUGUUGCUGGAGCAGCAGACCAGCAUCCCGGGUGAUACUGCUCAGAGAUAUGCUGUCCUCUCAUCUUUUCUUUCUCAGACAGAAGAAUAUCUUUAUAAACUUGGAGGAAAGAUUACAGCUACCAAGAAUCAGCAAGAGGCGGUGGAGGCAGCUGCGGCUGCAGUGGCCGCUGCACGAGCUCAGGGUCUUUCGGAAGAAGAAGUUAAGAUUGCAGCAGCUUGUGCUGGAGAAGAAGUGAUGAUAAGGAACCAGUUCUCUGAAAUGAAUGCACCUAAGGACAGUUCUUCUGUUAACAAGUAUUACAAUCUUGCACAUGCUGUGAAUGAAAGGAUCACAAAGCAGCCCUCAAUGUUACGUGCUGGGACUUUAAGAGACUAUCAGCUUGUUGGCUUGCAAUGGAUGCUUUCUUUAUACAACAACAAAUUAAAUGGGAUUUUGGCAGAUGAGAUGGGUCUUGGGAAGACUGUACAGGUAAUGGCAUUGAUUGCUUAUUUGAUGGAGUUCAAGGGGAACUAUGGGCCACAUCUUAUUAUUGUUCCAAAUGCCGUUUUGGUUAAUUGGAAGAGUGAAUUGCAUAAUUGGCUUCCAUCUGUGUCAUGCAUUUUCUAUGUUGGUGCUAAAGAUCAAAGAUCAAAGUUAUUUUCUCAGGAGGUUUGUGCGAUGAAAUUUAAUGUACUUGUUACAACUUACGAGUUUAUCAUGUACGACCGCUCAAAGUUAUCAAAAAUUGAUUGGAAGUACAUCAUAAUUGAUGAGGCCCAACGAAUGAAGGAUAGGGAGUCAGUUCUAGCACGUGACCUUGAUAGGUAUCGUUGCCAAAGGCGUCUACUUCUUACUGGAACGCCAUUACAGAAUGAUCUGAAGGAGCUGUGGUCACUUUUGAAUUUGCUCCUCCCGGAAGUGUUUGAUAAUCGCAAAGCCUUCCAUGAUUGGUUCUCAAAGCCCUUUCAAAAAGAUAUUCCUUCACAUGAUACCGAGGAUGAUUGGCUUGAGACAGAGAAAAAGGUGAUCAUUAUCCACAGACUUCAUCAAAUUCUGGAGCCUUUUAUGCUUAGACGUCGACUUGAGGAUGUGGAAGGGUCACUCCCCCCCAAGGUGUCCAUUGUGUUGAAAUGUAGAAUGUCAGCCAUUCAAGGUGCUAUUUAUGAUUGGAUCAAAUCCACUGGCACUCUUCGGGUUGAUCCUGAGGAUGAGAUGCUGAGGGUUCAAAAGAAUCCACUUUACCAGUCGAAAAUGUAUAAGACUCUCAAUAAUAGAUGCAUGGAGCUUCGCAAAACUUGCAAUCAUCCUUUGCUUAAUUAUCCAUAUUUUCAGGACUUAUCUAAGGACUUCCUUGUGAGGUCUUGUGGGAAACUUUGGAUCCUAGACAGAAUUCUUAUAAAACUUCAAAGAACAGGACACCGGGUAUUGCUAUUUAGUACCAUGACAAAGCUUCUUGAUAUAUUGGAGGAAUACUUGCAGUGGCGGCGGCUUGUGUAUAGACGAAUUGAUGGGACAACUAGCUUAGAAGACCGUGAAUCAGCUAUUGUAGAUUUCAAUAGCCCUGAUUCUGAUUGUUUCAUCUUCUUGCUUAGUAUCCGUGCUGCUGGACGAGGACUAAAUUUGCAGUCUGCAGAUACAGUUGUCAUUUAUGACCCUGAUCCGAACCCUAAAAAUGAGGAACAAGCAGUGGCUAGGGCCCAUCGUAUUGGACAGAAGAGAGAGGUCAAAGUCAUCUAUAUGGAAGCAGUUGUCGACAAAAUCUCAGGCCAUCAGAAAGAAGAUGAAUUAAGGAGUGGAGGCACAGUUGACUUAGAAGAUGACCUUGCGGGUAAAGAUCGAUAUAUGGGAUCCAUUGAGAGCCUUAUACGCAAUAAUAUUCAGCAAUAUAAGAUUGAUAUGGCAGAUGAGGUUAUAAAUGCUGGCCGUUUUGAUCAGAGGACAACACAUGAAGAAAGACGCUCGACUUUAGAGACAUUAUUGCAUGAUGAAGAGAGAUAUCAAGAAACGGUACAUGAUGUCCCCUCCCUGCAGGAGGUUAAUCGUAUGAUAGCUCGGAGUGAAGAAGAAGUUGAACUGUUUGAUCAAAUGGAUGAGGAGCUGGAUUGGGCUGCAGAGAUGACAAGGUACAACCAGGUGCCUAAGUGGCUUCAAGCCAGUACCAAGGAGGUAAAUGCUGCAGUUGCUAAUUUAUCAAAGAAGCCAUCAAAGAAUAUUUUAUCUGUGAGUAUGGGCAUGGAAUCCAGUGAAAUGGUUUCAGAUUUAUCACCUAUUAAAACAGAGCGGAAAAGGGGGCGACCAAAGAGCUUGUCAAAUGGCAAAAAGUUCACUAGUUACAGGGAGUUAGAUGAUGAAAAUGAAGAAUUUUCUGAGGCAAGUUCAGAAGAGAGGAACAGGUAUUCAUUGUGUGAAGAGGAAGGAGAAAUUGGGGAGCUUGAGGAUGAGGAAUUUAGUGGUGCUGUUGGUGUGCUGCCGAUUAAUAAGGACCAAUUAGAAGAGACUGGGCCUGCUUGUGAUGGUGAUUACAAGUAUCCUCGGGCCUCAGAAGGCACCAGAAAUGAUCACAGAUUUGAAGAAGCUGGUUCCUUGGGGUCAUCUUCAGAGAGUCGAAGAUUGGCUAAGAUGGUGUCUACUUGUAUAUCUUCCCAGAAGUUUGGAUCUCUUUCAGCCUUGGAUGCUCGGCCGGGUUCUCUUUUAAAACAAAUGCCAGAUGAACUAGAGGAAGGAGAGAUUGCUGAAUCAGGUGAUUCCCACAUGAACCUUCAACAAUCUGGAAGUUGGAUUCAUGAUCAUGAUGACUGUGAAGAUGAACAGGUUUUGCAACCCAAAAUAAAGCGAAAGCGUAGUAUUCGUCUUCGGCCUAGAAAUACUUUAGAAAGGGUUGAAGAAAAGUCCAGCAGUGAAAAUCCAUUUCUGCAGCCUGGGAAUUCAUAUCAGUUGGCAUUUCAAGUGGACCACGAUCAUGAAGCACAUUUAAGGACUGAUCCUGAAAUUGAAACAUUUGAAGAGCGUGUUGCUCAAAGGCAAGAUCCUAGCAAUUUAAUUUCAAAAAAGAGAAAUUUACCAUCAAGGAGGGUUGCAAAUUCUUUGAAACAGCAUGUGGAAAAACCUAACAGAUUAAAUUGCAUGGUGGGACCUGCAGAGGAUGCCAAAGAACACUCUAGAGAAAGUUGGGAUGGUAAAUCUGUAAACACAAGUAGGUCUGAUUUCUUUGGUGCAAAGAUGUCUAACCUCACUCAAAGAAAGUUGAAGAAUGUGAUAAAUGAGCUUCAGAGAAGAAUAGACAAAGAUGGCCAUCAAAUUGUCCCUCUGUUAACUGAUUUUUGGAAGAGGAAUGAGGGCUCCAAUUACUUGAGCACUUUGGCAGGAAGUCAUAUUUUGGAUCUCCAGAGGAUUGAUCAGCGUGUGGACAGAUUAGAGCAUGGUGGGGUGAUGGAGUUCAUUGCAGACAUACAGUCCAUGUUUAAAAACUUGAUUCAGUAUAUGGGUUUCUCUUAUGAGGUGAGAUCAGAAGCAAGGAAAGUUCAGGAAAUGUUCUUUGAGAUUAUGAGGAUCGCAUUUCCAGACACAGAUCUCAGAGAAGCUAGAAAUGCCGUCUUUUUUUCUGGCCAAGGAACGAAAUCUAUGCCAUCCCCUAAACAGGGCGCUAUGGGACAAAACAAACGACACAAGCUGAUCAAUGAUGUGGAGGUUGAACCCAGUCAUUCCACAAGGCUAUUCCCACGUGGUCCUGCAUCAGUUGAAGAGGACACAAAGAUCCGAGGCCAUAUUUCCAUGUUUCAGAAGGAAUCAAGGUUAGGAAGUAGUAGUAGCCGAGAGCAGAGCCAACUGGAUGAGUCACCAAUGCUAACUCAUCCGGGCGACUUAGUGGUCUGCAAGAAGAAGAGGAAAGACAGGGACAAGUGCUCUCUCAAGUCAAAAACCAGUAGCACUGCGUCUCCUCAGUGUGUGGGGCGAGGUGUUGGAAUGCGCGGUGCUGGCCCUGGCCCAGGUCCGGGUCGUGGCCUGGUCCCCAUUAUGGCCCAAAAGGAUGUGAGGGUGAGUCAACAGUUAGCACAGCAGCAUGGGUGGGCCCACCAGCCAACUCAAAAGUCAAAUGGCGGUGUUGGGCGUGGGACAUUGGGUUGGGCAAAGCCUGUAAAGAGAAUGAGAACAGAUACUGCUAAAAGAAGGCCAAACCAUUUGUGACUUAGGAGCGUUAACAAUUUUCAAUGGAGAUCCCAAAAUCAUAAUUUAUACUGGAAUUUGAGAAUGUCGGUUUUAUCUAUCGGGUUAAGGAAGUGGGCUGUGCUAAACCAAAUUAUGAGUUGGGUGCAUGGUUCUAAGUAUUGGUAUCAAUAUCGAAUUGGCUGUAUCAAUACGGAUAUGGAUUGAUGUAUAAGUAAAUAGGGACUUUUGUGAAA